CGCCGCCGCCGGGCCUGAGGCGGGGCGGGGGCAGCCCGUCAGCCCGCCCCGGCCGCUGAGGGGAGGAGCGGCCCCGUCGCGGCGGGCCGGGAGGCGGGGGCAGUCGGAGCGGAGCUGGCCGGGUCGGGGCACCUGUUGGCGGAAACAAGAACUCUGAAAUCAUGGCAGGGAAACCCAAGCUGCACUACACCAAUGGAAGGGGGAAGAUGGAGUCAAUCCGAUGGCUGUUAGCAGCAGCUGGGGUUGAGUUUGAGGAAGAAUUCAUAGAAACAAAGGAAGACCUAGAAAAAUUACGCAAUGAUGGAUCCCUGCUAUUCCAGCAAGUGCCCAUGGUGGAGAUCGAUGGGAUGAAGAUGGUGCAGACUAGAGCCAUCCUCAGCUACAUAGCAGCGAAGUACAACCUCUAUGGAAAAGACCUGAAGGAGAGAGCCUGGAUUGAUAUGUAUGUGGAGGGAACAACAGACCUGAUGGGAAUGAUCAUGUAUCUCCCUUUUCAACCAGCUGACACAAAAGAAAAGAAUCUUGCCUUAAUCACUGAACGAGCUUCAAGCAGGUACUUCCCUGUUUAUGAAAAGGCCUUAAAAGACCAUGGGCAUGAUUAUCUUGUUGGCAACAAAUUAAGCUGGGCAGACAUACAUCUGCUGGAAGCCAUUUUAAUGGCAGAAGAAUGCAAGCCUGAUAUACUGUCUGCGUUCCCUCUGCUGCAGGCUUUUAAAGGAAGAACAAGCAACAUUCCAACAAUCAAAAAAUUCCUGCAGCCUGGCAGCCAGAGGAAGCCACCAGCAGAUGAGAAGUUUAUUGCCAAUGUGAGGAAGAUAUUCAAUAUCUAAUCAUUUGGCUGCCGAAGAUCAUACAACUGUAGUUAGUAUAUUGCCAGAGCUGUGCCUUGUAAGUGUAAACUGCAUACAUGUAUUCUGUAGCUUGCAUGAUAAUUGUUGAAACAUAAUACACUUUUAAAUUAGCGUAAAAGGCUGAUUUGGACCUGUUGAGUCCAGAAAGUGAUAUUUCAUGGAGCAGUUACAUGAAAUAAAAUAUGCUGAUACUUUGUGUUUAAUUACA